AUGACGGCACACAUUGUUCGCCGACAGUUGGCUCACCGCAAGCUCCCCAUGCACUACGGACUGCGUCCGCACCACGCUCCCACCGCCGAACAAGACAAGGGACGAUCACGACUCUGGAAUCAACUCGGUGGAAUCUACCCCAAGACUCCGCCCGCGAAAGCUUCCGCGGGAUCGGCGUCACAUCGGAACGACGUUUGCUCCGUCCUGGCCCUCAAGGAAGCACGGCGGAUUGUUACACCGCUGCGGUUGCCGGACACGCACAGCGCCACACGCGGACGCAUUCGCUUCGCCGAAACCGUCACGGUUGUAGAAAUCCCCGAUCGACACUGCUACGCCGACGACAAGGACGCCAUCUGGAACAGUUGCCGCGAAAUCCGAGAAAUGGCCCGACGUAACCGUAUCGAGUUCGCUUUUGAAGGCCACGAUAUCGACAACGUCGUGGACGACGCCGACUUUUUGGUCCGCAACGGCUUCCACGUGCAUCCCGCACACGCUGCAUCCGAGUAG